AUGGCCACUCUUCCUAGUACUGACAUUUCGGAGCGAUACGCUCAGGAGCGCGACAAACGCCUGCGUCCCGAUGGCACAUCACAAUUCAUUGAGCUCUCGAAGUCAAGCAAAUACAAACACCUCGAGACCGAUCCAUGGGUCGACCACGCAGCGCUCAACGCUGCAACGCACGUGCUCAGCGAUGGGGACGACGUCAAAUUCCUCAUCCUUGGUGCGGGGUUCGGAGGGUUGAUCCUGGCAGCGCGACUGAUCGAGGCCGGAUUCGCCGCAUCGGACAUCCGCCUGGUCGAUGCGGCAGGUGGAUUCGGGGGGACUUGGUACUGGAAUCGCUAUCCCGGUUUGAUGUGCGACGUCGAGAGCUACAUCUACAUGCCACUGCUUGAGGAGACAGGUUACAUGCCCAAAUUCAAGUAUGCGUACGGGGACGAGCUGAGGGAGCAUGCGGAACGCAUCGCAGCGCACUAUCGGCUGCAAGCCUCGUUGAGGACGGUUUACCACAGCGCAGAAUGGCGCGAAGAGGAGAAGCACUGGACCGUGAAAAUGCGCGAGGAUCGGGGACCAGGGGAACCGGAGCGCUCGUUUUCAGUGUCUGCGCAGUUCGUGUUCCUUGGUGCAGGGGCCAUCAUCGCGCCGCAAAUCCCAUCCUUGCCUGGUUUCGAUGACUUCAAAGGCGCAACAUUCCAUACUGCUCGCUGGAACUACUCGAUCACAGGCGGAUCUCCCGGAUCUCCGACUAUGGACAAGCUCAAGGACAAGCGCGUGGGAAUCAUUGGCACCGGCGCCACUGCUAUUCAGGUAGUUCCAGAGCUUGCCAAGUGGGCCAAAGAACUCUUCGUCUUCCAGCGCACACCCUCCAGCGUCGACGUGCGAAACCAGCACCCCACCGAUCCGGACGAAUGGAGGAACAAGAUCGCGACUGGACAGGGAUGGCAGCACGCCCGGUCGGUCAACUACAACGCGAUCUUGAUCAACGAGCCAGAAGACGGGCCGGAUCUCGUAUCCGACGCGUGGUGCCAGAUGCCCGCGUACUGUGGGAUCAUCGGUGCGCCAGGGAUAGUGACGCCUGAGAAAAUUCCGGAGCAUAUCGCGAAGCUGCACAGUUUGGAUUUGCCCCGCGCUGAACGGGUCCGAGCGCGUGUCGACGAGAUCGUGAAGGACCCGGAAACCGCCGCAAAGCUCAAGGCGUGGUACCCCGUCUGGUGCAAGCGGCCGACAUUCCACGAUGAAUACCUGCCCGCGUUCAACCGCCCGAACGUUACCCUCGUCGACACGGACGGAAAAGGCGUGGAUGCACUGUCUGCGGAUGGCGUGGUCGCCAAUGGGAUCCAGUACCCAGUCGACGUGCUCGUCCUCAGCACCGGAUACGUGGUGACCUUCGCAGCGGGUACGGGCAGCCCCGCCUCCCGGGGCACUUGCCGUAUCACAGGCGCAAACGGGAGGGACAUGGACGACAAGUGGAUCGAGGAGGGCUGCGGCACGCUGCACGGCAUCGCGUCGAGCGGGUUCCCCAACAUGUUCUUCCUCCCGGGCCUCUCGCAGCUCGGCUUCACCGCAAACUUCACGUUCCCACUCAAUGCCACGUCGAAACAUAUCGCCGCGAUCAUCGCCCAGGCGCAGCGCGUCGUCGGUGGCACCGAGAGGCCGGUGAUUGAAGUUGAGAAGAGCGCCGAAGAUGCGUGGACGGCGGAGGUCGUGAAACGCGCGGCGUGGUUUGCGGCUGUCCCGGGAUGCACGCCGGGGUACUUCAAUCUCGAGGGCGGAGGCGGCCGGCCACAGAGCAUGGCCGAUCAGCUCAAGGCCGCACAAUCUGCGGUAUGGGGAGAGGGGAUCGUUAGCUACACCAAAAUCCUGGAGGAGUGGCAGGCGGAGGGUGGUUUGAAGGGCUUUAAUGUCACUGCAUAA